GCAGGCAAGAAUGCAGCUGAUAAAUCAGAGAUAACCCCACCCCUACUCCGUGAGAAGGUCUGGCCGGACACUCAGCCCCAGUAUAAAAGGCAGAGGCACCGUUGCUGAAGACACCAGUGCACAAGCUGCUUGGGGAGGCAAGACAAGCGAGAACAAGGCACCGUUGCCUGGCCCAUCGCUUCCGCGGCAUGGAUCUCCUGAAGGUGCUGUCCCAGAUGAUUCUGCUCCUACUUUUCCUUUCUCUGUCACUGCUGGGAGGUCACUCCCAUCCUCUGGGAAGUCCUAGCCAGUCUCCAGAACAAUUCGAGAUGCAGAAGCUGCUGGAGCUGAUAAGAGAAAAGUCAGAGGAAAUGGCUCAGAGACAGCUCUUGAAGGACCAAGGCUUCACAAAAGAACAUCCAAAAAGAGUCCUUCGGUCUCAAGACGGCACCCUCCGGGUCCAGCAGAGACCUCAAAAUUCCAAGAUGACGCACAUCUCAAGCUGCUUUGGGCACAAGAUAGACCGGAUCGGCUCUGUCAGUCGUUUGGGCUGUAACGCACUGAAGUUGUUGUAGGAAGACCUCCUUGCUACAGGAGACUCCGGUUUCUGACUCUACCUGAGGCUCUCUCCCCAGCUCUGGGACCACCUUUGAAGUGAUCCUAUUUAUUUAUUAUUUAUUUAUUUUUAUUUUUUAUUUUUUUAUUUAUUUUGUUGUUUUUCUACAAGACUGUUGCUUAUCUUGGAGCCCAAACUUGCCACAGCGUAAUAAAUAAACCUAGCGUAUUUCUUGCUUUU